AGGGUAGGUCUGGCAGCGUAGGCGCUCGAACGGCUUGUCUGCGGGAGGUGCUGUUGACGGGAGAAAUAUGGCGACGCUGAAGGCUGUGUGUGUCUUGACCGGAGAGACCCAAGUCAAGGGCGUCGUUCACUUUGAGCAGAAGGCUAAUGGACCAGUAUUUAUUUCAGGACAUAUUGACUGUUUGACUCCAGGAAAACAUGGAUUUCAUGUCCAUGAAUUUGGAGACAACACAAAUGGAUGUACCAGUGCAGGUGCUCACUUCAAUCCUGAGAACAAAACACAUGGUGGGCCAGAGGAUGCAGUGAGGCAUGUUGGGGAUCUGGGAAACGUGACUGCAGAUGCCUCAGGUGUGGCAAAAUUGGCAAUGCAGGAUGAUAUAAUUUCUCUCUCAGGACCACAUUCAAUUAUUGGACGUUCCAUGGUGGUUCAUGAGAAAGAAGAUGACUUGGGUAGAGGAGGAAAUGAAGAAAGUUUGAAGACUGGAAAUGCUGGUGCUCGUCUAGCUUGUGGUGUGAUUGGCCUUACUAAGGCAUAGAGCUUCAAGACUAAAAAGCACUUCAUAUGGAAUGUAAAUGUACCUGUGUAAUUCUGUAGUUAAUUAGGGUUAAAAAACCCAUUUAAUUUCAUGAUUCUGUUAAUGGAAUUUAAGAUGACAAGUUUGUUUUAUAUUAAUUAAAGUAGCACUGGAACAUUAUUCUAAGAGCUGUUGCUGGUAUGCAGAUUCAUUACUUCUCAUAGACAAAGUCUUCUGGGAUAACCAUUUCACUUUCACUGGAGAAAGUGUUUGAAGUUAGAGCAUAUCAGUCUCAUGGAAGGAUUUUUCAUUGCUGUACCUGAUCACAAUGUGCAGUUACAUUUCCACUAUAUCAAGUACUGUGAAUAAGCUGAAAUAGCCUUACUUUGAAAUCUGUUAUUCAGUUCAUUCUUUGUGACCAAAUGUGUAAUACAUUGUAGGAGUUCAAGUGAAGUCUUGAGUUUGUUUUAGCCCUGGUUUAACAUAUGGAAAUCUGUGGCUUAACUAAAGCUGGUUUCUAAAUCAGUUUACAAUUCUGCUAAUAACAAUGACAAGUAGUGGUUUAUUUAAUUUCACCUAAGGAGCUGUAGGGUUGUUUACUUUUCGAAGCCUGUUCUUGAGCUAAAGAAAAUACUGAAACACAUUUAAAGCUAUCUGAAUAGCUUUAACGUGGAUAGUAGCUUUCACAAAGUUAAUUGGCUUUAUAUCUGUCACGUGUCCAUGUAUUUAGUAACAGGAACUUUUCAGGAUUAUGCUUCACUUAUAAAACAUUCAUGCUUUUACACUUGU